UGAAAGGGUUCGGGCACAUUGAGGACGUGGAAUGAUGAAUUAUAUCAUAUUGGCGACCGUUUUUUCCAUGGUUUUUGCCGAAAAGUCACCUCGGCUGAAAUUCAUUGUAAAAGAGCCGGCCAGGUACCACUUCUCGAAACCGGAGAACUACAUGUCAGUGUACCACCAGGAGGGCACAAAUGUGCUGUACGUGGGGGGCCAGACAGUGAUCUACGUGCUGACUUUCACUGACAGGGGGGUCCGCGACCUGCAGAUCCCUGUGGUAACCGAUGAAAACGCAAAGGCAGCUUGCAUCGCCAAAUCAGACCCACCAAAGUUGGAGUGUGACAAUUUCAUAACAGUCAUUCAGAAAGUCAAUGACACUUUUGUGGUAUGCGGGACAAAUGCAGGAACCCCCAAAUGCUGGCUGCUGGUAAAUGACACUGUGCUGACUGAUGCCCCCACCAAUGGACAGAUGGCACCAGCCUCUGACAUCUCCCCUCCCUACCCCUCCCAGAGGUCCGUCAGUCUGUCCGCAGAUGGGAAUCUAUACUCUGCUCUGUCAGCAGUGGGGCGUCACCCUGGCUCUAUCCGCCGGACCUACGGCACUCAGAAGCUCCUGAAGACUGAGACCAAGUGGCUGCGGAGUCCCCAGUUUGGUGGAGCAGCAGUAAUGCCAGCCUCUCAGAAACACAAGGAGGAGAUCUACUUCUUCUUCAGUGAGAUCAACAAGACGGCCAUGGUGGACGAGGAGCCCUACAGGUCGCGCAUCGGCCGAAUCUGCAUGGUGGACGAGGGGGGCAUAAAGAACCUGCUGGCGGACUCGUGGACUACCUUCCUGAAGGCCAGGGUGAUGUGUGGUGCGGGUAGCACCCCCCAGCAGUACAACAACAUCAGACAGGCCUUUGUGCUGUCUGACGUGGCCCACGAGAAGAGGACUGGGGUCAUGUACGGCCUGUUUGCCAACGCCUGGGACACAACAGUGAUAUGUGCUUACUCCAUCGAGGACAUUGACCAGGCCUUCGCCACAUCCAAACUGAAGGGCUACAGCAGUCCUCUGAUUGGACAUCGCCCUGGCACAUGUGCCUUCAAGAACUCCACGGCAGCCCACAACCCUAAGACCCUAGUGGUGAUCAGGGACCACCCGGAGAUUGAGGACGUGAUUCGUCCGGUCGGGGGUGCUCCGCUGAACCUGCCCACCGACGAUCACUUCACACACACUGUCGCUGCCAUUGUACUAGCAGUAAACGACGAGCACUAUAGUGUGCUGUACCUGGGAACAGAACAGGGGAAAGUGCUCAAGGUUCUGCACACUAUCGAGGAGGCCUUUAUCAUAUCCCAGUACUCCCUCUUCCACAAUGAGGGUCCUGUUCUAAGCAUGGCCAUCGACUCUAAGAAGGGCCACCUUUAUGUGGGCACGGCAAUGGAGGUCCAGCGCAUACCAUUGGCUGACUGCGGUCGCUAUGGAGACAGUUGCCGGGAGUGCAUUCUGUCUCGGGAUCCCUAUUGUGGUUGGGACGCAGCCAGGAGGAGGUGCACACCCAUCCCAGCUGGAUACAACAUCAGCACUGGGGCACUCACUCAGAGUCUGGACCAUUCCAAUGCCUCUAUCUGUGGUGAAGCUGCUGCUCCGAAGACCCAUAGGACAAACCCCAAACAGGUGGUGAUUGACUCGGACGGCCCCGUUAACCUCCCCUGCCCUGUGCGCUCCUUUCACGCCACCUACCGCUGGGAGAAGGACAACUGUAUCCAGCACUACCCCUGCUUCAUCAUUGGAGACUCCUGUGUGCUGGAACCCACCCCUGACCUGCCCCUUAAGCAGGGGGUGUUCCGCUGCAUGGCCACAGAGAAUGGCUACAAGGUGGAGGUGGUCUCCUACAGGCUGGUGAUCAACAGUGGGCCUCUGCCUGCCUCCUUGGCCUCCACCCUGGGGCCCUGCCUCCUGCUUGCUGCAGCCACCCUCUGGCUCCUGUAACCAUUGCAAAUGCUAAAGCUAACCCCUUAGCCUCUAAGGCCCUCUCUCUGACAGACAGGAGAGGAGGGGCCACCAUACCCAGGUUCGGUUCGCAGAGCAUUGCUAUUAAUGGUCGGGUAAUGCGAUCAGUGUUGCCCACAGAGACUGUUUUCAGAAAAAGUGUUUUUUUAAUUUCAUUUACAUUGUUCAGGAAAUGCCUGAAAAUAUACAAAGCCACUUAUUUUUAAAUGAUAUAUGGGCUUACCAUACUAACCAAUACUGUACUGUUUAAACAAAGAAAAUACAUAAAACAAACUGAAAAUACACAACAUUUAAACGUAAUUAAUACAUUAACAUCAAUAUGGGUUUUAUGGAAAGACAAACUAUAAUAUCAUGUCUUAGUCUGAAUUUUAAAUACAGAUUCAAACCACAAGAUGUGCUUUGCGAACCUUGCCUGUUCCACCCAAGAGAUGACAUCUCAUGAGUUGCGUUAAAUACAAUAUCAGGCCAAUUUCUCAACUUAUUUUUAAACUUGAUUGUCCUACUUUGUGAAUAUUUGAAGCUUGAAUACUGCUCUAACAUCCAAACAUCCUGUUGAAUGUCAUAAGUAUAGGAUAGUAUUUAGAAAAUGUCUGGUAUUGUGUAGAAAAAAAGCCUUAACAAUUCUGGGACAUACCUCCUAAGCACAAUUUGCAGUGGAAGCAAAACUGAUCAAUUAUGUUGACUUGAAACUGUGAAUGAGGUGGCCAAGCCUUACUUUGAUGCUGGGAGGAAGUGUCAUCAUUUUGACAAGAAGUCAUAUUUUUGACAGGAAGUAGGUAGAAGAACAUGAGCUCAUCCUCGAACAUCACUGUGUCUCGGCAAGUCCUCUGCAGUAAAGGCAGUUUUUGCAUCAUUUUAUUGGAUAGUAUCAGACAUUCAUAUUAUGCUACUUAAUUUUCAAUGAACCUAAGUACAGUAAACAUCAUUCAGUGGCAGAUGAGGCCAAAUCAGAAUUGAGUAGAUGACAUGUAGAGUUAGUGGCAUUUUGUAGUUUGCUAUAUGAGAAAAGGCUUGUGAUUAUAUGAGUACUGUGUGUUAAGUAUUUUAUUGCUCCGCAAAUGCUGAUUUCCACCAUUGCUGCCUAUGUAUAUGAAAGUUAUUCUUGAUGGUUCAAGGUUUUAUACUGUGCGGAAGUCCCGAGAGGACAAUAACAAAAUCCUUGUCAUGGCGAGAUAACUUAUUUAUCUCGUGAACACGACAUAACAAAAGUUGUUUUGUCGACAUCACGAGAUUAACUCUAGAAAUAGGAGUAGACGCAUUGAUGAUAGAUUGACAUUAUGGCUGAGGCGGUAGAGCCCAUGAUGGAUCAGCACAUAUAUUUUUAUUGAUUGCUACACUAAGGGAUGGUACAUUUCAUGUUAACAUGUUGCUCAUUGACAGUUUAUAAAUUAGAAUGUUAGCAAGCUAAAUGUCCCUUACCUUGAGCUAAGAGUGGCUUGUUUCCCAGGUGGUAUAACAAUGCAGCUAGUCUUGUGAGUGUGUUAGCUAGGUAGUCUUAUUAGCUAGCUAGCUUGUUAUAUAUGCUGGUUGUUAGCUUGCAUAACUGAUGUGUAUAAUUGUAAGGGGCUCUUCAUGUUUUAUGGAUAAUAUUACAAUUUACAGCAUGUGUGAGCUCAAUUCCUGACUGAUAAGAUUAUAUUUCUUCCUCAGAGCUCAGAUUCAAUAACAGUCUCAGAUUCCACCUUGUAGGGUGUUUCAUAGGUACCGCUUCUUGCAGGCAGAUUAGCAGUCAGUGCAUUAUGUAUAUGAUCAAGACUGAGUGCGCUCGUUUCCUGGCAGGCUGAUUUGAUUCAGUAGCAGCCUCAGAGGCUGAUAAGUCAGGAUGCUGCCGAGUAGGGUGUCUGCAAGGAGCCUUACCUAUGAAACAGCCUACAAGGCAGCACCCUGAUUUAUCAGCCUCGGAGGCUUCUAUUGAAUCUGAUCAACUUGCCAGAAAUAGAGCUCACCCACUUUGGAUUGUAUGCAUCAGUCUUUACAGCGCUGACGGCUAAUCUGCCUGCAAGGAGCCUUACCUAUGAAACAGCCUACAAGGCAGCAUCCUGAUUUAUCAGCUUCUGAGGCUGAAAUGUAAUCUGAUCAGCCUGUCAGGAAUGCAGCUCACCCACUGUAAAUGUGUCAGGCAUUGUUCAGGGCUUAAAUGCCUCACUCUGCGAUCAACACAGCCACAGGGCUCCUUGAUGAAGUGGUUAUCGUGCAUCUGAAGAAAUGAAUGGAUGAUGCGUGGUACUUUUGAUUAUCUCGUGAUCUCGACAAAACAACUUUUGUUAUGAAAUUAAUAUGUCUUGAUCUCAACAUAACGAGGGAACUUUAAAAAAAUCAUAUGUCCUCUCUGGGUUUCCGUAAUACUGUGGUUAUACAAUGAUGUAACUCUUUGACUGCUUUAACUAACCUAUUCUCAAUGGGAAAAUCCAAUGCAUAAUUCUCAAAGGGGUUAUUUUCAUACUUGUAUCUGUAUGCUUUGACAAGCGCUUUACAUAAUUUGAUAGGCUCCUUUUGUGAAGUAGAACACUUUGAGCAGCCACCAUACUCUGGGGAGAAAGACUGAAAUUAAUGAUUUACAUAUUUGGAAGAUAUGGAACAAAAUUCCUCUUUAAGCAAUAGAUGUUUUUUAAUUUAGCACCUGACCUCAAAUAAUAAUAGUAUGUUGGAGGCAGAGAAUGUUUGCUGGGGGGUAGUGGUUUACUCAGAGCAAAUGUUGAAUGUAAAAUAGUAAUAUGAAUGUAGUUGCAACAAAAUGCAAGUCUAUUGUUCCCAUUUAUUGAUUGUAGUAUCUCAGUACUGAAGCACCAUCUUACAACCACUACUGUGUUUUGAACUGUGCCACUGAGCUUUGUGGCAAAUUUUGAAAUGGCAAAAAAUCACUGUCGCCUGAAAAUAUUGGUAGAAAACAGGCUACAUAAUGCUGUUCUUAGAACAGUUUUAGCCAUAGUUCUGCAGGUUCCAUCUUUCUCUCUGGGGGUGGCUGUACGUUUGUUGUCUCGAGGUCUCAGGAGGAUCUGCCUGCUGCAUUGCACUGAUGCGGGAUAUUGACUGUGCCAAAAAUAAGCUGUGUUGUGCCACCUCAUCCGCAGCCUGCCGCUUCUCACUCACUUAGCACUUUGAGUAAUUGGUUUCUCAAAUCUCUUUCUCAAACUCACACAUAUUCUUAUAUAUGUUACAAAUACACACAGGCAUAUCGGUGCGCGCACACACACACCUCUUGUUUACCAAUCACUCACUUCAAUCUCAUUCUCUUUACUGAAGCUGGUGUGUCUCUGAAAACAGUGAACAGAAGCCUCUCAUACGCUAGCCAACACUAAUUAGGCAACUGAACCUGUAUCGCUCACUGCAGAGAAAUACAAGCUCUUUUACCAAGACAGAUGGCCUAGAGUCACUGGGUAUUGUUAAAAACGGUCAAUGAAUCAUGUCUGUGCAGAGUUGAUUGUAUUUGGCCUUUCAUGUAUUUCAAAAUUGAUAUGGGAGUUUUGUUUCUCUGGAGCACUUUAUUUAAUGACCAUCUUCGUAGCCAGGAGUCCCUGCUAUGACGUGGACAUAAACAGUGGCUAUAUCGCAUGCGGGCGAUUAUCAUUAUCCUAGAAAGAUUUAAACCCGGUUUGUUUUUGUUCAAUUUACCCUUCCGAUAAAUAAUGCCAGCGGAGAAAUAGAGUGAAGUGAAUCUAUUGUCUUUAAAUCCUUUCUCUGGCGCUUUGGACAGUGUUGAUUCUGUGUCUUGGUACGUUUUAUUACCAUAACCAUUAUUUUUCUUAAGGACAGAUGUCUGUCUAUAUGAGGUGUUAAUACAUGUCCAUGUAACACAUCUGUAACUCCAUAUGUUUCCCUUUACUGAACAUGUACAGUGAAAAUCAAUAAAGUAAUCAACUACAGUA